GCGCGCUUCCCGGAACAGCCCGCGCUGAGGGAAGAGAGGAAGAAAAUAAAACCCGCGGCCGGAGCCAAAGCUGGAGCUGCCGCCGCCGCCGUCUGGAGCUCCCCCGCGCGGACAAUGCCCGCGAUGCCCGCACGGGGCUCAGGGCGGUGAGGCCCGGGGCGCGGGGUAGCUAUGGCGACAGGGAGCGCGGCCCGCGGCGCCGCCUGACAGGUGUGGGGCCCCGGCGGCGGCGGCAGUGCGGAGCAGCAUGUACGCCAAGGGGGGUAAGGGCUCGGCCGUGCCCUCCGACAGCCAGGCACGAGAGAAGUUGGCGUUGUACGUGUAUGAGUACCUGCUACACGUCGGUGCCCAGAAGUCAGCCCAGACCUUUCUGUCUGAGAUCCGCUGGGAGAAGAACAUUACGCUGGGGGAGCCCCCGGGCUUCCUGCAUUCCUGGUGGUGCGUGUUCUGGGACUUGUACUGUGCAGCGCCCGACCGCAGAGAGGCGUGUGAGCACUCGAGCGAAGCCAAGGCUUUCCAGGACUACAGCGCUGCUGCGGCCCCCAGCCCGGUGAUGGGGAGCAUGGCCCCCAAUGAUGCAAUGGCAUCAGGCCCCAUGGCACCCGGCUUCUUCCAGGGCCCCCCCGGCUCCCAGCCUUCCCCCCACAACCCCAACGCCCCCAUGAUGGGGCCUCAUGUUCAGCCCUUCAUGUCACCGCGGUUCCCAGGGGGCCCCCGGCCCACCCUGCGGAUGCCGAGUCAGCCUCCCGUGGGCCUCCCCGGCUCCCAGCCCCUCCUCCCUGGCACCAUGGAGCCCUCCCCGCGAGCUCAGGGGCAUUCGAGCAUGGGCCCCAUGCAAAGGGUGACGCCUCCCCGGGGCAUGGCCGGCGUUGGGCCCCAGAGCUACGGAGGUGGCAUGCGGCCCCCACCCAACUCUCUUGCUGGCCCCGGCUUACCCACCAUGAACAUGGGCCCCGGAGUGCGCGGCCCGUGGGCCAGCCCCAGUGGCAACUCGAUCCCCUACUCCUCCUCCUCGCCCGGCAGCUACUCGGGACCCCCAGGAGGAGGUGGGCCCCCUGGAACCCCCAUCAUGCCUAGCCCUGGAGACUCCACCAACUCUAGCGAGAACAUGUACACCAUCAUGAACCCCAUCGGGCCGGGCGCCGGCAGGUCUAAUUUCCCGCUUGGCCCUGGUCCGGAGGGCCCCAUGGCCGCUAUGAGCGCGAUGGAGCCUCACCACGUGAACGGAUCCCUGGGCUCGGGCGAUCUGGACGGGUUGCCGAAGAGCUCCCCCGGCACCGUGGCCGGCCUGAGCAACACCCCGGGCACCCCGCGGGACGACGGCGAGAUGGCGGCCGCCGGGACCUUUCUGCACCCGUUCCCGAGCGAAAGCUACUCCCCCGGGAUGACCAUGAGCGUGUGAUGGGGCCGCAGACCCUUGCCCACUGCCGGCCUCGGCUUCUGCCCAGCGCCCCUGCCCGGGGCCAAGGUCCAGGGGCUCGGGUGGUCCGCAGGGUGAGGGUCUGAGGUCACACUGCGGGCAGCUGGACUCCCAGUCAAGGCUUGGAUGGCUGGGAGGCCCCGCACCAAGGACUUAUUCAUUUUAUAUAUAUAUAUGUAUAUAUAUAUAAAAACAAAACACACAAGGACCUCAGAGACGUUCUUUCCUGUUUGGGCCCUUCCCGUCAUUUCUAUUUUGUCCUGGGGGGGCGCUCCUUGAGGGACCUUCCUUUCCCCUGGACAGCAGGGGUGGGCCCCAUCAAUAAAUGUAACUUGAUUUUGGUUUUUGGUA